AUGGACCAAGAGAACGAAAGAAACAUUUCCAGACUUUGGAGAACCUUUAAAACCGUCAAAGAGAUGGUUAAGGACAGAGGCUAUUUUAUUGCUCAAGAGGAAAUAGAAUUGCCAUUGGAAGAUUUCAAGGCUAAAUACUGUGAUUCAAUGGGUAGACCUCAACGUAAGAUGAUGUCGUUCCAAUCAAACCCAACCGAGGAAUCUAUUGCCAAAUUUCCCAGCAUGGGAUCAUUAUGGGUUGAAUUCUGUGAUGAACCAACUGUUGGUGUUAAAACUAUGAAAACAUUUGUCAUACAUAUUCAAGAGAAGAACUUCCAGACUGGUAUCUUCGUUUACCAAAAUAAUGUUACACCAAGUGCAAUGAAGUUAGUUCCAUCAAUACCUCCUGCCACCAUUGAAACUUUUCAUGAAGCAUCACUUGUGGUUAACAUUACACACCACGAACUAGUUCCCAAGCAUAUAAGGUUUAGUGAAGAUGAAAAGAGGGAAUUGUUGAAGAGAUACAGAUUAAAGGAAUCACAAUUACCAAGGAUCCAAAGAGCAGAUCCAGUGGCAUUAUAUUUAGGAUUGAAAAGAGGUGAAGUCGUUAAAAUUAUUAGAAAAAGUGAAACGUCAGGUCGUUAUGCAAGUUACAGAAUUUGCAUGUAG